AUGGCUGCCGAUGCAAUUCCCAAACCUUAUUCGGCGACUCCAAUUCUACUACUGUCGAGUCUCUGCAUGGCGAUCUUGAAACCUUGGCCUUCUUUAUCAAGGAGAAUAUCUCCUGAGAUUCGAACAUUUUCAAUGAUCAAGUUUGCGGUUGAUGAAACACGGAUUCCAAAUUUGUCCUCCUUGUUGACACCCAAGCUAAAGCCCUCUGCAUCGUUGGGUACCAUGAACGCAGAUAUCCCUUUUUACAUGUUUCAUGCAAAUCUGAUAUUAGGUGAUGACGACGAAGCUACGAGUUGGAAGAAAACGGGGAACUUAUUUGAGACUCUUGUUAGUGGUGGCGAAGACACCUGCCACGCUGGCUUCGUAGGCAAUUGUAAUCCAAGCCUUUGUUCCAUUGAUAAUCCAGCCGUCUCCAUCUCUAGUGCCAGUCAUCGUUGCGGCACCAGCAUCGCUACCGUUGGCCGGCUCUGA